ACCAUGAACACUCUUUGCUUACUACUAACUCAAACUUUUUAUUAUCAUUACUAAUUGUUUCCCGGUCUCCGGUGGAUCGGUUUUUCGCUAAUCGGUCGUAUAACUAACUUCAUCGUUGUUAUGGGUCUUCUCGAAAACCUUUGGGAUGAUAUCCUAGCUGGUCCAAAGCCUGAAAAAGGCCUGAAAAAGUUGCGCCGGUAUGAUUCCGGUCCUUUGCCAUCAUCUCAAGAUGUCCCAGUCUCUCGUUCCAUCACCAUACUCAAAAGUAACUGCUCCAACAUCCGCGUCUCUUCAGCUGAUUCUUCUUCCUCCGGUCCUUCUUCUCCGGCUGGGUCUAGUACCCCUGGCUCACCUCUCUCACCAUGGACACCGAGGCGGGACACCAAGAAACUGAUGAGGAUGAAAUCAACAUCGGCGGCGUUAGAACGUGCAGAACCUAGAAGCCCUACGGUUUAUGAUUGGGUCGUGAUAAGUGCUAUCGAUCGAUAAACAACAACAACGAAACCGAAACGAUUUUGCUGCAUAAUUGGAAAUUUUAUUCUGUAAAUAUAAUAAUAUGUGAAUAACUACUAAUUUCAAGUCCUAUUAACGGAGUAAGUAAUUAACCCGUCGGUGCCUAUGUUUUUCUACCAUUAGCUGAAAAUUUUAAUCUUCAGAAUGAUGCAGAUGGGGAUGAUCCUUGGCAAAGAGCUAUGGUAUUGUAGCUUAUUAUCUUUGUAUAUAAGUGAUUGUAGGUAUUCGGGACGGUGUAAUCAUGUAUAUAUAUUUGCUAAUUGGCUGUACAUUGCUUUUUGGUUAUACAUCAUCGGGUGUAUGUGGUUUGCUAAUAACAAUAAUAUUGUUUUACUUUUUCUGUUUUA